CGAUGUCGCUGCCAUCUUUGCCGAGACUGACGAGGACGAGGAUUUUGCGAGCAGUGCUGAUGAUGAGGAGGAGGAGGAGGAUGAUGAGGAGGAGGAAGAGGAGGGAGAGGGAGAGCAGCAGCAGGAGGAGGAAGUGCAGGAGGAGGAGCAGGAUCAGGACAGCAAGCCAACUCACAAACGAAAGCGCACCACGGUCGACGACGACGAAAUGUUCAGCUCCUCGUCUUCAGACGAAGACGACAAAGGCGCAGACGCACGCGGCGCGGACGACGACGACGCAGAGAAUGAGCUGCUCGAGCAAGAACGUCGCGAGAAAGUCCGCAGGCGCAAACUACAAGAACAACGCACCGUUGCUUUCAAACCUCGUCCCACUGCUGCUGCUGCUGCUGCUGCUGCUGCUACGGAGAAGAAAGUCACUCGUCCAUCAGCCUCGAGACGCGAUCUGACGAGCGUGCGGGCUAGUUCUCGCGCCCACACCGUGCAAAACAAGCAAGCGGUCCUCGAGCGACUGCAGCAACAAGAACAACGCAGGACAAGCAACCCGACCGCGCACCACCACACGAAAUCCACCGUCGUCCGACUGUCGCAGGAAGAGCGCAUCGAGCGCGCGAAGCUGACCGAGGAGCAGAACGUGGCCUCGCUGAAUAAAUUCUUCGAGCAGGAGGUUAUCAGGAAAAAGAGCCAGCGAGCGGCCAUGUUUGCCAGGCGCGAGCAGCUCGGCCCUGCUAUCCGGUGGCGCAGUGCGAUCGGGCAGGUUCCUGAUGACUCGCGGGGAUUGUUGAUCGAGGUUAUUGACGGGGACGCUGCUGCGGCAGCGGCGGCGGCGGGAAAAAAGCGAAAGUCAAAGCCGUUUCCGGAGUUGUCUGGGACUGGUAAAGAGCGUGUGAAGAAGAAGACAAAGAGGGUGACCAAGCCUAGAGUGAAGGUUGAGAAGGAGGGAGAGGAGGGAGAGAAGGCUGCUACAGAAGAGAAAGUUGAUUCGACCCACAAAUCUGACUCAACCGAUAAACCUGAUUCAAGCGCUGCAUCUACCUCUGAGAAACCAGCAAACGAACCUGCAGAAGAGCCAUCGGAGGAGACUACAAGAGCAGUCAAGGAAGGCUCGACUGCUCCUGACACUGCUGUCGCUGAGACAAACGAUACACCAGAUCAACCACAGGCUGAGACAGCUCCUGACGCUGCUACUGAAAUGAACAAUCCACCAGAUCAACCACCCGAGUCAACAACCGACGAGCCAAAAACAGAACAACCACAGGACGCUCCACCGGCUCAGACUGAUGUCGAAGCAGAACCGGCUCAGGAGCAGGAGCCUGGUGAGGACAAAGAAGUAUCGUCAGAGCGAACGACUAUAGGCGAAGCUAUGGAGAUUGACGACAAGUCUGAGGUUGUUGCAGCUGACGAUAAAGUUGGGCAGGAAGAUAAAGACAGUGUGAUGGAUGUGGAUUUGGAGGGGCGGAAUAUGUCGGAGAGCGGGAAAGAGAUCAAGACAGAAGAUUCGAAGGAUUCUGAAGUCAGGGACUCUGAGGUGAAGGACUCUGAAGUCUCUGAAGUUAAGGAUUCUGAGGUAAAGGAUUCUGAGGUAAAGGAUUCUGAAGUCAAGGAUUCUUCUGAAGUCAAGAAUUCUUCUGAGGUCAAAGAGUCCUCAGUCAAGCCGAAGCCAACCACAGAAGGCGACGCUGCAGCUGAAGGAGAAGACGAAGAAGAGGAAGAAGAAGAGGAGGAAGAGGAAGAAGCUGAAAACGAAGGCACUCCAGAACCACAAGGUCCUACGACAACCUGCUCCACCGAAUCCGUGAUCCUAAUCAACUUCGCGCCCAACACGACCUUCGACGCACCCCUAGUCCGCACCGUCCUCUUCGGCAAAGGCGCCGCGUCCGGGAACCCCCCUCCCCGCUACGAGCGACAUUUAUGUAACGUCACAGGCCGGAUCGCGCAGUUUAUCGAUCCAAAGACCGGCGUGCGGUAUUACGACCUGGACGCGUAUCGGAUGCUGCAGAAGGUUGCGGGCGGGGAGGUGCCGUGGAACGCGGAUUUUGGGGAGGGGAUGUAUUAUUACGAGAGGAAGGAUUUGAAGGAGUUGCUUGAGAAGGUGCCUGAGGCAGGUGAAGAGGGAGAGGGUGGAGUAGAGAAGGCAGAGAGUGGAGUAGAGAAGGCAGAGAGUACUGUAUGAUAAUUGUAUUAUAGAUGAAUGAGAACGCCAUGACAACAAAAUCCAAA